CUAUAUCCUCUAUAAAUUCAUCCAUUUUUGUUUCACCUUCAAUCAUAUCACCUCUCAAAAUUCUCUCUUCAAACCAAGAAAACAAGAGAAAAAAAGAUGUCCAAGCUUUGUUCACUUUUCAUAGCUGCGCUUCUUUUUAAUUUCAUGCAAAGCUAUGCUGCUAGGCCUGAGCCAACUUUGUCCUUAACCCAACAUGAGGGAGUUGAGGCAGAGAAAGUUGAUGCUGAUGAGAACUGUGAAGGAAUUGGCAAAGAGGAGUGCUUGAUGAGAAGAACCCUUGCUGCUCAUGUGGACUAUAUUUAUACCCAGAAUCACAAGCCAUGAAGUUGAAUUGUUUUGGUAAAAUAUUGGUUCAAUCGUAGCAUCAAAAGCCAUAAAUAAAAUCACAUAUAUUUCCAUUAA